AUAGCAGCACAGAUACAGCGGCAAAGACGUGCAACCUUUGCCGUCGCUUUCAUUCGGUCGUUGGUAGUGUUCGUCGUCGUUUCAAGUUAAUCGAGAAUAAAGCCAAUAAAAACAACUUUGUGGCGUAUUCCUGUUGCUUUGAUUGAUUUUUCCUCUGGGAUCUAUAUAUAUAUAUACUCCGUGUGAACGACAGACACACCCCACAUACAUCCUUAGUUUUGUGAAGUAAUUGAAAAAAAAAAACAAACAAAAUGUCGACAGUCGAUAAGGAAGAACUGGUCCAGAAGGCUAAACUGGCCGAGCAAUCAGAACGCUACGAUGACAUGGCCCAGGCCAUGAAGUCCGUCACAGAAACGGGCGUCGAACUCUCAAAUGAGGAAAGAAAUCUGCUCUCCGUUGCCUACAAAAAUGUGGUCGGUGCACGCAGGUCAUCGUGGCGCGUCAUCUCCUCCAUUGAGCAGAAAACCGAAGCAUCUGCUAGAAAACAACAGCUUGCCCGUGAGUACAGAGAGCGUGUGGAGAAGGAGCUGCGGGAAAUCUGCUAUGAAGUUUUGGGACUUCUGGACAAAUAUCUUAUUCCAAAAGCCAGCAAUCCCGAGAGCAAGGUGUUCUAUCUGAAGAUGAAGGGCGAUUAUUACAGGUAUUUGGCCGAGGUUGCCACAGGAGAUGCACGCAAUACUGUUGUUGAUGACUCGCAAACCGCUUACCAGGAUGCAUUUGACAUUAGCAAGGGUAAAAUGCAGCCAACACAUCCAAUCCGUUUGGGUCUGGCCCUUAACUUCUCAGUCUUCUAUUAUGAGAUCUUAAACUCUCCAGACAAAGCUUGCCAGUUGGCUAAACAGGCGUUCGAUAUUGCAAAAACCAAAAUGCAGCCAACACAUCCAAUCAGAUUAGGGCUCGCACUCAACUUUUCCGUCUUCUAUUACGAAAUUAUCAAUUCACCAGCGAGGGCUUGUCAUUUAGCUAAACAGGCGUUCGAUGAUGCGAUAGCCGAGUUGGACACACUCAACGAGGACUCAUACAAAGACUCGACACUCAUCAUGCAACUGUUGAGGGAUAACCUGACUCUCUGGACCUCCGACACCCAGGGCGAUGGCGAUGAGCCACAGGAGGGCGGCGACAACUAACCAAACAACUAAGCAAAAUGUUUCCUUUUUGACUAUGCAAAUAUUAUUCAGUAAUACAAACAAAAACAAAACAAAAAACCAGAAACAACAAGGAGAAACAAAUAUAAAUGCAAUACGCAAACAGCAAAGCAAAAACACAAGCAACAAAUUGAAAUGAAACGAUAAUACCAGGCAGGCAGACAGCAACAGGAGACAGGCAGGAAGAGGAAUCAUAUGCAACAUUUAAUUCAAAAUUACAUGCAGAAUGCUUUUCAUUUGAAGCCGUGGAUCGUGGUUAGAACAUUAUAGAGCGUGCUCUACAGAAACGUAUGGUUUUAUUUGCCUAUAUACCUAUACAUAGUUGUAUGUAUAUGUAGCAUGUAGGAGGCCCACCCCACUGAUCCGAGUCAAAUGAAUGAUCCAAUCCACUGCAACUGCUUGAGCAUACAAUUCCACACAUAGAGAUAGGGCUGCAUCGCGUCAGUAGACAGACGCAUGCUCGGUUUUUGUGCUUUAGUGCGAUGAUGCUCGUGUGAAUUUCCUCAUUGAAACAACAACAACCAAUCAAUAAUAUUCCUAAUUGUAUACAUAAAACAAAAUUAAAGCGAUUAUUUUCUGUUUUCUGUUUUUAUAAAUUUUUGCAAGAAACUAAAUGAAUUAUGUAAUUUUUGGUCAGGCAGCAACAACAAGCAGAAACUAGAAUCAACAACCACAAGCGAACCAAAUGAGAAAAACAAAAGUAAAACAGAAACUUAUGUAUUAUUUGUAAUUCUUUUUCUAAACAAAUAAAACCAAAAAAAACCUAAUUUCCCUUUUUUUGUUUUACAUUUUAUUUGAAAUUUUCUUUAAGUUGCUAAGUUCCCCCAUCCAUCCACCCAAACACACACACAGACAGACACACACAUAGACACAGCAAACACAGGGUUGCAUUUAUAAUGCAUGUGAGGAACUUGGUUUUGGAAUGAUCGAUCCCCCAUUUCCACACUGGGAGGGGGGGGCGGCCGUACCGAAACGGGGACCGUAUCUGUUAAAGGAAAGUGAGAUUGAGAGAAAUACAGAAUAAAAUAUAGUUGUUCAUUGCUAUUUUUUAUACAUGUCUUACAUAUAAACAAAAGGUUAAAAAAAUACAAUUACAAAUUUCCUCGUUGUCUUCUCUUGGUAUUAUACAAUAAUUGUGAAAAGCAUAAAACUCAUAUAAUACAUGCAUACAUACAUAUAUCCAACUCUCUGUAGAGAAAACUUGCGAAUGAAGGGAUAUCCAAUUAUUCGGCCAGCUAAAAAAUGAAAAUUAAAAAACAACUAGAAUGCGAACGAAGUCAUUAUAAUUUUCACACUGUGCAACAUGGCUUUAGGCACGAGUUUUAUUGUGCGCAAGGGUUGCACAAGGGUUUAUACUCUUUUUAGGGCUUCUAUGGGACUAUCCCAAACUACUUUAACUCUUUUUUAUAAGAAAACAGCCAUCAAUUGUUCCUAAUAUCAAAGAAUUCUUUCUCGAUUUUCGGUUUUAUUAAUUUUACUAGCAAUUUUCGACUUCCAAGCUUUCGAAAGGUUACUAACUUUUGGCGAACGCAGGCUACACAUUAACAAUGGAAAUAUUUGAACAAAAUGAACUAAAAACCA